UUUUUUACUGCAUAUUUUAUUGAGUGACUGUUAUAGCAUAUUACCUAUAUAAUGUUGUUCAAUUGAUAAAGGAUUACACCAGAUUUUGGACAUCAGUUAUACGUGAACAGUUCGACAUUGUUUACGUUCCAGCGACUCUUUUCACAAAAAAUCUUACGAUUAAAAUUGAUCGUAAGUUAUACUGAAAUGUGUAUGACUUACGAGUAAUUUCACUCUUAAGAUUUUUUGUGAAAAGAGCUGCUGUACCUACAAUGAAUGACAAAGAGUACAUCAAUCACGAGACUCACUUGUUUAACAAAAACUUGUCUUUGGAACAAGUUGCUGAUUACUACGACAGAUGGGCGGAACAUGGAAGAUACGAUGAGGAAAUAAAGAAUACUUUAAAAGCUCCAGAAAUAACUGCUAAAACAACAUUAACACUUUAUGACCCAUCAGUUCGACCAAGUAUAGAAAUAUUGGAUAUAGGAGCAGGAACCGGUUUGGUGGCAGAAAUGCUCCGGAAGUCUGGUUUCCAGAAGAUCGACGCACUAGAUCCAUCAAAGGGAAUGCUCGAGAAAGCAAAGGAAAAGAAUCUGUACCGCAGUUAUAUUUGUGAAUUCUUGACUAAAGAAACUUUUCAAAAGGCAAAUGGUUUAUACGAUUGUAUAGUGUGUUCCGGUUCGUUUUGUCCCGGUCAUAUCCCAGCUGAGGCCCUUCAUGAAUUUAUACGUCUGGCGAAAAAAGGUGGCCAUGUUGUUAUUGCAAUGAGAGAUGAAUGGGAAGCUCCUGGAUACUCUAAUUCAAUAAAAACACUUAUGGCACAACUGGAAGAUGCUGGAAAGUGGUUGAAAACUCACGAAGAACAAUAUAAUCAUUAUUUUGAUAAAGCUGGUGUAGUUUAUGUAUUUCAAGUAGCAUGAGGAAUAUUCAUCCAUACAUGAAAUUCAAUAAAAAGCAUGUUUCAUUA